AUGCCGAUGGACGAGGUACUAAUGGAUGAAUAUUCUAUUUGGGAAUGGAUCAUACAAAAUUGCAAAUGGCUCGGCUUUACACUCGGUGGCUGCUGCUUAACUCCAUAUGUCUUAUUUUCCAUUCCUCUUGUGAUCAUUCUGGCACUAAUUUCUCUUUAUGUUUCCAAUAGGGUUGUGGCACCGACAAUUAAUAAAGUUCAUAUCAAUCUUGCUCACGUUCGAAAUACGAAUAAUGGUAAUCAUGUUGAAUUAAUAAAACAACAACUAGGGAGUAUCUUAGAACAGAAAUGGUUUAGAAUUGUUGAUUUGUUGAAGCGCAUAGCAUAUUUAUUUAUCUUUCCAACCGAAACCAUUGCAAUAUUGAAGAUAAAAUUUGGUGGCUAUAUUAAAAAGAUGCCAGAAAUGCCUCUAGAUGAACUGGCACAUACACUUAACGAUCUUGAUUUUUGUUACGCAACAUUGAACAAAGUCAGUCGUUCAUUUGGAAUCGUUAUUCAACAGUUGCCUCAGCCAUUAAAAGAUUCCAUAUGUAUAUUUUAUCUUGUACUUCGUGGUCUUGAUAGUAUUGAAGACGAUAUGACCUAUCCUGAUGACAAAAAGAUUUUUUUAUUAUGCAAUUUUCACAACAAUUUGUUAAUUGAGAAUUGGUCAAUAAAAAACGUCGGUGAUACUGAAGACUAUCGAAUAUUAUUGGAGAAUUUUGGUAAAGUCAUUAAUGUAUUUAAAUCACUUGAUUCUGAAUCUCAGUCUAUUAUAUUGAAUAUUACUAGUCGAAUGGGAACUGGAAUGGCUGAAUAUGUCGGUAAGACAGGCUCAAUUGAAACUGUAGCCAGUUACAAUUUAUACUGUCACUACGUUGCCGGUCUUGUUGGUCAUGGGCUAGCCGUUCUUUUUUCUCAUAGUGGUUUGGAAGACCCCGGUUUACAUAUUCAUGAGCAUCUCAGUAACAGUGCGGGGCUAUUCCUGCAGAAAACUAAUAUAAUUCGUGAUUAUCUUGAAGAUCUCCAGGCUGGUAGAACAUGGUGGCCUAAAGAAAUAUGGUGCCGUUAUGCAAUUGAUCUUAGUGAAUUUGUUAACAAUCCUCAUGGAGAACGAAGUCUUGAAUGUUUAAAUCAUAUGGUGAUGGACGCACUUAAUCAUGUACCUGAUGUGAUAAACAACCUUGCUCGUGUGAAACAUCCCAAAAUAUUGGAAUCUUGCGCUAUUCCACAAGUCAUGGCUAUAGCUACUCUUGCUGAGCUAUAUAACAAUCCUUUAGUGUUUACAUCAGUUGUAAAAAUACGCAAAGGACUAGCAUGCAAAUUGCUGCUGAAUUGUUCGACUUUGAAUGAAGUGUACGCUUGGUUCGAUUUCUUUAUUACAAAGAUUGAACGUAAAAUACCAAAAAUGACUAAUGUGAACACGCAUAAUAUGCACAAACUUGUUAAUCGUGUAAAAAAAUUAUCAAAUAUAAAUUUGAAGCCGUAA